AGUGGUCAAUGACAAAUUAAGAAGCUCUUCGAAAGAUCUAUCCAAAAAAGAAAAAGAAGCUCUUCGAAAGGAAAUAUAAAAAUAAGGCGGUUUAACACACUAACCCCUUUCCUUUUCUUCAAUCUUUGUGCCUCUCCCAUGGUUGUUCUCUAUGUUUUGCUGUUUCUGAAAGAAAGAAGAGAGAGAGAGAGAUAAGAGUGUUUGUUUAGUUAAAAUCUAGGGCUGGCUAAGAGUAAGAAAGAUAUAUCUCUAUAUAAUUAUCGUUAUUCAAAAGCAUAGGCACAGAGAGAGUGAUUUUUGAGAAAGAGAGAGAGGGAGCGACAAUGCCUGCAUUGGACGCUUUCGAUGCGUUCCUUUUCUCUCUAAGCAGAGCCUUUUGCAGCCCUCUCGGAGUCUUCGUUCAGAUCCAGGGAUGUUUAAUAUGCUUAAUUCUUGCUCUUGGGUGGGCUUUUGCGGCCUAUGUCAGGAAUAGGGAGAUCAAACAGAUGAAGGAUAGUAUGCGAUGUGGCAAUAGCUUUGCUUUUCUUUAUCAUGAUAUUAAUAAACUUGAGCACACUAAUCAGGAGAAUCUGCCCAGAGUGUCAGUUGUUAUGCCUUUGAAGGGUUAUGGAGAACACAAUCUACACAAUUGGAGAAGUCAGAUUACAUCUCUCUACGGUGGUCCUGUAGAAUUUCUUUUUGUGUUGGAAAGUACAGAAGACCCUGCUUACAGUGUUGUAUCUUCGUUAAUAUCAGAUUUUAAGGAUGAAGUUGAUGCUAAGGUUAUCGUAGCUGGUUUGUCAACUACUUGCAGUCAGAAAGUUCACAAUCAGUUGGUUGGAGUGGAGAAAAUGCAUAAAGACAGCAAGUAUGUAUUAUUUUUGGAUGAUGACGUUAGGUUGCACCCUGGUUCAAUUGGAGCUCUCACUGCUGAGAUGGAAAAGAAUCCUGAUAUAUUUAUUCAAACUGGAUACCCUCUUGAUUUACCUUCAGGGAGUUUAGGGAGUUACUGCAUUUAUGAAUAUCACAUGCCUUGUUCAAUGGGAUUUGCUACUGGUGGAAAAACAUUCUUUUUGUGGGGAGGGUGCAUGAUGAUGCAUGCUGAUGAUUUUAGACUUGACCGGUAUGGUGUGGUCUCGGGACUUCGAGAUGGUGGAUACUCUGAUGACAUGACUCUUGCAGCUAUAGCUGGGGCUCACAAGAGGCUCAUUACAUCACCUCCGGUUGCUGUGUUUCCUCACCCCCUUUCAAGUGAACUUAGCUUCUCAAGGUAUUGGAAUUACUUGAGGAAGCAGACAUUUGUUUUGGAGUCAUACACAACGAAUGUUAAUUGGAUAAUGAAUCGUGCAUUGUUUACAUCCCACUGCUACCUGUCAUGGGGAUUCGUAGCACCAUACAUUAUGUCUAUGAUUCAUAUUACUGCAGCACUUAGAAUUUACAUUAAAGGGUAUUCACUCGAGGAAACUUCCUUCACUUCUGGUGGGUUGUUACUGGUGGGCUACCUAGCUAUAUGUACUUUAGUAGAACUUCUUUCAAUGUGGAACUUGACAAGGAUAGAAGUUCACCUAUGCAACGUGUUAUCUCCUGAGGCACCUAAACUGUCGCUUGCUUCUUACAAUUGGGUUCUUGUAUUCAUUGCAAUGCUAGUGGAUAACUUUUUGUACCCUGUCUCUGCAAUGCGUUCUCAUUUAUCUCAGUCUAUCAAUUGGUCUGGUAUCCAGUAUCAUUUGAAGAAUGGAAAGAUAAGUAAGAUUGAAAGAUGCAAGGAAAUGGGUCCAGAGAAGUCGUACUUGGGAGGAAAAAAAUUACUAUAUGGGAAGAAAGGCGCUCCUCCCAAAGUCUCGUUACUCAGUUCAUUGGCCAGAAGUAUGGCGCAAUGGCACCAGCCUAAGAAAUUUGAUAGCUAGAAAUGGGCUUUACCAAUCCCCCAUAAAAAAAGGAAAAAAAGAAGAAGAAAAGCUUAAAUCCUUUUGCCCACCUAUUGCGAUUUAAUGGGCACCAAGGGCUUCAGAAGCAAGAAAUGCUGUGGAUUAUCUGGUCCUCGUAGAUUGCUUGGCCAUCCAUUACUCAUGAUUAAAGUGUUUUAGGAAUAUUUGCUUCAAUAUUUUUUUUUAAUCCCCAUUCAAUCUAUUUGAUUCUUCUGCAUCACCACACCCCCCCCCCCCUCUUUUUCUGGCCUGAUUUUGUAUUUUGCACUUUGUUUGUAAUUUAUUGAGUUGUUAAACAGUUCAAUUCA